AUCUAAUCAGCAUCAAGUAGAGAGAGCGCUCCACCAAAACGUGUUUUCCUUUUUAUUUCUUUCCUCUGCUUCAAAAUCUCAACAAAAAAAGAAGAAAACUUUUGGUUUGUGAAGAAGAUGGGAAAUCUGUUUUGCUGUGUUCAAGUGGAUCAGUCAACUGUAGCGAUAAAAGAGACGUUUGGGAAAUUCGAAGAUGUUCUUGAACCUGGUUGCCAUUUUCUUCCAUGGUGUCUUGGUAGUCAAGUUGCUGGCUACCUCUCUUUGAGGCUUCAGCAGUUAGACGUGCGUUGCGAGACUAAGACUAAGGACAAUGUGUUUGUUAAUGUUGUUGCAUCAAUUCAGUACCGUGCUUUGGCUAAUAAGGCCAAUGAUGCCUUCUACAAACUCAGUAACACAAGGAGUCAGAUUCAGGCCUAUGUGUUUGAUGUCAUUAGGGCAAGUGUCCCCAAGUUGCUUCUUGAUGAUGUCUUUGAGCAGAAAAAUGAAAUUGCGAAAGCUGUUGAAGAGGAGCUUGAGAAGGCAAUGUCGGCUUAUGGUUUUGAGAUUGUCCAAACUCUCAUUGUUGAUAUCGAGCCUGAUGAACAUGUCAAACGGGCCAUGAAUGAAAUCAACGCUGCUGCGAGGAUGAGAUUGGCUGCAAAUGAAAAGGCAGAGGCCGAGAAAAUCCUGCAGAUUAAGCGAGCUGAAGGUGAAGCUGAGGCAAAAUACCUCUCAGGUCUUGGUAUCGCCCGUCAGAGACAAGCAAUUGUAGACGGAUUACGAGAUAGUGUGUUGGGAUUCGCUGUGAAUGUGCCCGGGACAACUGCUAAAGAUGUGAUGGACAUGGUGCUUGUUACUCAGUACUUUGACACAAUGAAGGAGAUUGGUGCUCACUCCAAAUCUUCUGCUGUGUUCAUACCGCAUGGACCAGGAGCUGUUCGUGAUGUGGCUACUCAGAUCAGAGACGGACUCCUUCAAGGCUCGUCCGCGAACCUGUCUUAGAAGUUGAUGGACUGAUUAUUAUGUUUACUUUUCUUCGACUAAGCUUAUGGUGUGAUUAUUAUUUUCUUUGAUAUUUUUUUCUUUUCUUUUGGAAGAUAUUGAAUCUAUCUUGUUUUGGGGUUUAUAAUUCAUUGAGAUUCAAAGCUAAAUCUUAAUUGUAUGGUGAUAAAAUUAAACUUACGAACA